UGCUUAGAAUGCAGAACAUUAGUUGUUACAUUGGAGGACCAAGACCAUGAGUGCGCACGUGCAUGUGAGUUUCCUGAAAAACCAAAAACAUGCUAUUUUGUCCUUAAAGCAGAAUGGAGUUACACCAUGUCAGCCGAAUGUUUUGAUUGUCCCUCAGUCGUAGAAGAUUGUUACCUUGAGGGGUGCAAUGCAGUCGAUGGCUCUGUCCGACCUGCUGUAUCAACCAACACACAAAUACCUGGGCCUAGUAUCCAGGUUUGUCAUGGUGACACUGUUCGAGUUAGGUUGAUAAAUGAACUUGUUGAUCACUCUGGUCUAACGAUUCAUUGGUAUGGGAUGCACCAAAUUGGAACAAAUUGGAUGGAUGGAGCAUCAAUGAUCACGCAGUGUCCCGUACCACAGUCAUCCUCGUUUGUCUAUAAGUUCAUUGCUAACCCUGCAGGAACCCAUUGGUGGCACGCACAUUCCGGUUACCAGAGAGAUGACGGUAUGUUCGGUUCACUGAUCGUAAAACAGCCGAAGGAAGCCGAGCAGAAUAGUAAUGAGUAUGACGUAGACGUGGCAGAAAAUGUAAUCAUGUUAUUAGACUGGUCGAGCCGACCAGCUAUAAGUGUGUUUUUGAUGACACAGAGUCCCUCCAGAUAUAUAGACACGAGCAAGCAGACAUUUUCGAUGUUGGUAAAUGGUAGAGCCAUUAGUAAGAUUCCUUAUACAGGUGACACAAAUGAUUACUACACCCCACUAUCUACAUUUGAAGUUGAUGAGGGCUUGGCGUACCGUUUCCGAUUGAUAAGCGGUGUUUUUGGUUGGUGUAAUAUGCACGUUUCAGUUGAAUCACAUCCUCUGACAAUCAUUGCUCUUGAUGGUUAUGAAGUGAUGCCUACAGAAGUAGAUUCGUUGGUUGUAGCUCCUGGAGAAAGGGUUGAUUUUGUGCUGAAAGCAACUGCGUAUCCCUCCUCUUACUGUAUAUAUUUCUACGGUACAGACACGAGUAAUUGUACAGACAAUGGAGCGGCUAUGUUGGUUUAUAAGAAUCAAUCUUUUGGUAACAAGAUCUGCACAAGCACAGAAAGUUCGAAUAUAAAAUCGACAUUUUCAUUAUUCGAUACGCAUGCUCUUGAACCUCUAGAUCCUCAAAUGAGCAUUUCCGAUGAAAAAUACGUUAUCUCGUUAACUUCGCACCAUUCGCCAAUAGUAUCAAACGAUGGCAGGAUAUCUACAGACGGUAGAAUACCCAGCUACCAAAUUGAUAACGUUGUAUUUUCAUAUCCAUCAUCACCGUUUCUGACCCCAAACCUAAGGAGUUUCGAAACGUGUAGCCCGAAUGGAAAUAUGUUGGGUUAUGCCUCAUGUAGUAGCAAUGAAUGCCGCUGCACCAACGUAUUGAAACUGAAACAAGGACAGAUUGUUGAUUUUUUUGUCAUCAACAAAGAUUCUGUGAGUCACUCAAUGCAUCUCCACGGUAAUUCAUUCAGAAUUCUUGCUUUGGAUUCCGUCGAAGAUAUCACUCACUGGACAAGCGAUAAACUAGCAAAUGUGCGUCAGACUCCACCUGAGCUUGCUGUCAUAAAAGACACCGUUAAUGUACCGGCACACGGCUACGCCAUCAUCAGGUUGCUCCUUAAUAAUCCCGGAUAUUGGAUUACCAGCCCAACUUCCAUGCAAACAAUAUAUGGGAUGUCACCAGCUUUUUGA